AUGGGGACUCCUGAAUUCCCAGAUCUAGGCAAGCAUUGUACAGUUUCCGAUUGCAGACUCAACGAUUUCUUACCCUUCACUUGCGAUCGCUGCAAUCAGAUAUAUUGUUUGGAGCACAGAAGUUAUAUAAAACAUCAUUGUACAAAACCCAACAAACAAGAUGUGACGGUUGUUAUAUGUCCACUUUGUGCAAAAAGUGUUCGAUUAAUUCCAGACAAAGAUCCAAACAUAUUAUGGGAACAUCAUGUCAACACAGAUUGUGAUCCAUCAAAUUACGAAAAAGUCACAAAAAAGAAAAAGUGCCCUACCCAAGGAUGCAGAGAGACACUAGUUUUCUCCAACACAAUCAAGUGUAGAGACUGCGGGAUAGAACAUUGUUUGAAACACAGGUUUGGACCGGAUCAUAAAUGUCCAGGACCCGAAAAAUUGGAAACUAGUUUUUCAUUCAUGAGUCUUUUGAAUUUGAGUAGUGCUAGUAGUAGUAAAGAAGAAUCAAAAACAAAUUCAUCUUCGUCAUCAUCGACUUCGUCUAAAUGGGCUUCAAGCCUUCUUGAGUUGGCUGCUAAAUUGAGUGGAAAAACUCAAGAGGAGAAAUGUCCACUUUGUGAUGCGAAGUUUUCAUCGGUUACUAGUUUGGUCGAUCAUGCAAAAAGAGUUCAUGAAGGAAGUAGUAUCAAGCGAAAUGGGGCGAAGAAGGUGUCGAUUUCUGCAUGUCCGAAGUGUAGUAAAGGUUUUCUUGAUCCGAAUUCUCUUGUGGAGCAUGUUGAAAGAGAUCAUGGUGGUAGUUCUUGA